UCAUCACGCAGCCCAGUAAGUUGGUGUGACAGGCGGUAGCAUAAAUACGAGCCCACGAGGAAGCUGAGCUGGUGUAAUGAUAGGGCAGCAGCGGCGGCGGCAGCAAAUUGACUGCUCCCGGAGCCUGAGCCUCACAGGUGCUCCCGAGGAGUUAAGAGGAGUAAUUAGAUAGCCAGGAAGGUGACAUACACCUCUGAGUCUCCACCUGUGGACACAACACUGCCGAGCCAGUCAGUGAAAGCAAAGAGGAACAGUCACCAGUCACAAUCUUGAGAAACAAGUUGAAAGUUUGUUUGUUUAUCUUCCCCCCUGUUGUUGUUUUUUUUUUUUUCCACCCUCCUUCUCUGGUGGGACAGUGCCAUGGUCAGAAAGCCAGUUGUGGCCACCAUCUCCAAAGGAGGCUACCUGCAGGGCAAUGUGAGCGGGAGGCUGCCCCCCGUGGGAGACCAAGAGCCACCAGGGCAGGAGAAGGUGGUUCUGAAAAAGAAGAUCACUUUGCUGAGGGGGGUCUCCAUCAUCAUCGGCACCGUCAUCGGAUCGGGCAUCUUCAUCUCCCCCAAGGGCAUACUCCAGAACACAGGCAGCGUGGGCAUGUCACUGGUUUUCUGGUCUGCCUGUGGAGUACUGUCACUUUUUGGGGCCUUGUCCUAUGCCGAGUUGGGUACGAGCAUAAAGAAAUCUGGUGGCCAUUACACAUACAUUCUGGAGGUCUUUGGUCCUUUACUAGCUUUUGUCCGAGUCUGGGUGGAACUGCUCAUAAUACGCCCUGGAGCUACUGCUGUGAUAUCCCUGGCAUUUGGACGCUACAUUCUGGAGCCCUUUUUCAUUCAUUGUGAAAUUCCUGAACUUGCAAUCAAGCUUGUAACAGCUGUGGGCAUCACUGUGGUGAUGGUCCUGAAUAGCGUGAGUGUCAGCUGGAGUGCCCGGAUCCAGAUUUUCCUAACCUUUUGCAAGCUCACAGCAAUUCUGAUAAUUAUAGUCCCUGGAGUUAUACAGCUAAUUAAAGGGCACACACAAAAUUUUAAAGAUGCAUUUUCAGGAAGAGAUACAAAUCUAAUGGGGUUGCCCUUGGCUUUUUAUUAUGGGAUGUAUGCAUAUGCUGGCUGGUUUUACCUCAACUUUAUUACUGAAGAAGUAGAGAAUCCUGAAAAAAACAUCCCCCUUGCAAUCUGCAUAUCCAUGGCCAUCAUCACAGUUGGCUAUGUGCUAACAAACGUGGCCUAUUUUACAACCAUUAGUGCCGAGGAGCUGUUGCAGUCCAGCGCUGUGGCGGUGACCUUCGCUGAGCGGCUGCUGGGAAAUUUCUCAUUAGCAGUCCCGAUCUUUGUUGCCCUCUCCUGCUUCGGCUCCAUGAACGGUGGCGUGUUCGCUGUCUCCAGGUUAUUCUAUGUUGCAUCUCGAGAAGGGCACCUUCCGGAAAUCCUCUCCAUGAUUCAUGUCCACAAGCACACUCCUCUGCCAGCUGUUAUUGUUUUGCUUCCUUUGACGAUGAUAAUGCUCUUCUCUGGGGACCUCUAUAGUCUUCUAAAUUUCCUCAGUUUUGCCAGGUGGCUUUUUAUGGGGCUGGCAGUUGCCGGACUGAUUUAUCUUCGAUACAAACGCCCAGAUAUGCAUCGUCCUUUCAAGGUGCCCCUGUUCAUCCCGGCACUGUUCUCCUUCACCUGUCUCUUCAUGGUUGUCCUCUCCCUUUACUCGGACCCAUUUAGCACCGGGGUCGGCUUCCUCAUCACGUUGACCGGGGUCCCUGCAUACUACAUCUUCAUCAUAUGGGACAAGAAACCCCAGUGGUUCAGACAGUUGUCAGACAGGAUAACCAGAACAUUACAGAUAAUACUAGAAGUUGUACCAGAAGACUCUAAAGAAUUAUGAACUUAAUGCAUCAAAAUCUUGGCCAUCUGCCCAGGACUGAGAUACAAAGUGGAUCUUUAUUUCAAGAAAACACAAUGUUGGUGAUGGACUAAAGGAAUCAGUUAUUUCUAUUCAUAUCCUCUAGUGUAUUCAAAUUAAUUUCCGAGCAAUUUACUGGUAACUCCAUGUAUUUGUAGCAAGCUAAUAUGCAAAUCAGACAGUGAGGCAAGCUCACAGUUCUUGAGUCUGGUGCCCACUGUUGAUGUAAGGGGAAAAGAGCAACGGCAUUGACAACUGUGAUGUCAUUCUCUACAACAUUUCUUAUCAUGACUGAGAACCUUCAGUAGAAGACCAAAAUGUUUUCUGUAUAUAUGGAGUUUGUAAACAUAGCUUUAUCUACUAGGGACAUCUAUACUGUGAAAAGUAUUUUUUAUUUUUUCUGAAAAAAAUAUCAUUAUUUUGGAAAGGGGGGCAGAAAUAACUUUAUUUUACAUUGACCUUAGAUUGUUUUCCCUUAGUGACCAACAUGGCUGUCACUUAUCUUUCAAUGCCUUAUCCUCAGAGCAUCAGAACAAAAGAUGGGGGAUUACUGUGUGUGUGUGUGUGUGUGUGUGUGUGUGUGUGUGUGUAUCAGGAGAUAAAACUCAGGGCUUUGCAAAAGCCAGGCAAGCACUCUACCAUUGAGAUACAUCCACAUACCCUAAUUUUCUUGAAUGCAUUAAAGAAGAGUUUCUAGGGAGUAUUAUUUCUGAGGCAAACCUAGGAACUAUGUUUGAAUAAAAGUUAUGGGGAAUUUGUAAGGUUAAAUACAUUUCCACUCAUUGUCAGGAAGUUUAGUGUUUGGAAUGUCACUUUGUUUUCAUUGUGGUUUUUUUUUUAAUGAAAAUGUGUACAGUUUGGUAUGACAUCCACUGAUGAACCACCUCUUUGGUAAUUCUUGAUGAAUAAAACUGUUUUAACCAUCACAACAUCAGCAUAGGAGAAAUUGUCCAUAAGACUCCAAAUAUCGGACUUUAUCUCUAAAAACCACAUUUAUAUGCAGUGUUAGUACUUCUAAUCACUUUUUCUUUUACUUUGUGGUUAUUUUUACUUGACAAUGAUUUUUGAUAGUGUGUGCAUUCCCUUUACAGUUCUCUUCAAAUAUGUUUCUAGAUAAAACUACCUGGAUCAGUUAGGAAAAGCACAGAUUUACCUAAAAACUAUGAAAGAAAUGUCAUUGCUUAGGAGGACUUUCAGAUGAUCUUUGGAAAAGUGUUUACUUCUAAAUCUAGGCUGUUGCCAUCAUUUCUUAUUUUUGUUCGAAUGCAACUUGCAUAAGAGGUAACUGCGAACCAACCUACUGAGGAGAGCCUUCAGUACAGUUCUUCAACUACAUGCUGUUAAGUCAGAUGUAGAAAACGCUAGACAGUUGUCAAAUGGGAUUAAUGUAACAGUGAGAUUUUUUAAAACUCUUAUUUUUAAUAUCCAAAGACUAAAUGCUCAGCAUAGCCACAGUAAAUUUUAUAUCUUACUUUCUGACCACUUGAAAGUAAGGUGGUUUAAAAACAUUAUCCCAAUUAAUAAAACAAUUGAGUUCAUAAAUUAUUGCCCAAAGUAGAAAUGAUGAUUUUAAUUUUGAACAAUUUAGCAUUUUUCUCUUUCUCUUUCUUUCGUUUUCUUUCUUUCUCCUUUUUUUUUUUGUUUUGUUUUUGGUUAAAGGCCAAACCAAGUGUUAUUUCCUAGGUGAAUUGCAAUUCCUUCUGUUUUUACUAACAUGGGCUUUUCAAAACCUAGUCUAGUCUCUAGAACCAAUAUAGUGUUCAUCUGUUGACAUCUAUCUCUAGCAGAUGUUGCUAGAGGUGCAUAUUUUAUACUGUUAUUUUUAUACUAGACCCAUGAGAUUUAUUAAGGCAGGACCUUCUGCUUAGUUAUGAAGUGGAGUGAAGCCACGGAGAAGGUUUUGUGUCCUUUGUUUUUCUUGAGGCUAAUGCAUUCCCUGGCUAGUUGGUUUCAUUGUGUUAUUUGCACUUGCUUGUCUUUCCUUGGGCAAGCUAGUCAGGAUAUACUUUAUCAUCCCUCCUCUUUGUUUCUAAAAUUGUUUUAUGUUAUUAAAUUUAUUAUGCCAUUGUAAUAUCAUUUUAACCAAGCAUAAAAAAAUAGUAUUUCUGCUUAUUCUGAAGUUAUACCAUUAGAGAAAAACAGUGUUUCUUUAAUCAUGAAAUUCAUGUUUAUAAUUGUUGUAGUGAGAGCAUAUAAAACUUUUAUUCAGAAAUACCCCUGCACACCUGUAAUGUGUGUUUUUAUACAAGGACAUUUUUCUCAUAUUUUAGAUUAAUGUAUGUAUAUACACAUGCGAUCACGUGUUAAUGUUUGUGUUGGUGUACAUACUUGAAUGCUUACAUGAAAACAUGAUUUGAUUACUAUAACACAAAGCUAAAUGCAGUCUAAACGGUUUAAGAUAUACACUAUUUUAUUUUCAAAUAUUCUUUGUUUAGUACACAAAGCCUCAAAUAUGCAACUUUUAAAGCAUCGAGUAAAGAUUUCCAAAGGUUAGGUACAAUUUUAUUCUCCUCACACACUUAUAAAUAUUUCCGGUGACUGACAUUCUAACAAUGCUAUUUUGUCUCUUCUUUUAAAGCCUUACACUCCCCCCUUUGAUUCCAAGUGACCCUUACAAAAGGUGGGUUUGCUCAGCACGCAGCAGGUCCUGCGUGUGUCUUUCAUCAGGAGAUUGAACAUUUGUCCUAGCAAACAUGGCUGUGUCCAGCUCCACUUGGAAGAUCAGGAGCGCAUACCCACAGUCAGGGCAUGUUUGCUCCCCAGCCCUGUGGACGCGGGUCAGGACAGCGGGCUGGGUCAGUUAUCCACACUCUGCAGUUUCUACAACAGCAACGUAUGCAUGUAAAAACAUUCUGUUUUUCAGAUUGCCUUAUGUGUCUGCUUAGAUUGUUUCCUCAAUUGCCUUUUGAACAGCAGCAGAUGGUUUCCAUGAAGCUGGUUCCCUAACAGAAUUCCACAUAAGCUGGGAUCAGCCCUUGGCAAUCUCCUUUAGCAUCUCAAUUUACAGGUGAAUGAGAUGCUAAGAAAGUGAGCUUCUCUUACCUUACAACUGAGGUGGUCAGGGGACUAACAAGUGGAGGGAGCCUUUGGUUUGUAGUAACCACGGUUCACCAUCUUACAGCAAAGUCAGAGAACUAUCAGUGCUUGUCUCUUGAAUGUAAAUGAUAACGCUUUGAAGCUAAUUAAGCAGGAGCCUUCUUACCUCUGGUGCACCCAACCUCCUUCAAAGGUUCUGUACCUAGCCCUUCUUUAAAGGAAGACCAGGGAUUGAGGCUGGAGAGAUGGCUCGGCUUCUAAAAAACACUCACUACUCUUGCAGAGGACUUGAAUUCAAUUCCUAGCACCCACAUGGUGGCUCACAAUCAUGCAUAACUAUAGUUCCAGGGGAUCCAUCACCCUUUCCUGAACUCUGUAUGAACAAGGCAUACACAUGGUGCACCAUAUACAUACAGACACCCCCCCCACAGAUAAUAAAUGAAUGUGAAUUUUUUAAAGACCAGGAAAAUUGCAUAUUCUUUUAACACCAUAAUAUCUAUAUUUUCUUUUUUAAUAAUGUCAAAAUAGUUCCCAUUGUUUUUUCCAUUAAAGGUAAUCAUGGAAUAUUUGCAAAACAUUUUUAAAUAUUUAAAUACCAUAUUAAUUGAAGUAUAAUAUAAAAUCUAUUAGUGGCUUCCUCAUAAGGUCUAUAUGCUAUAGAAGGCAAUGGUUUCAGUUGUAAUUAUGUUGUCAAUAACAGAAAAACAAUGAAUAAGUUUUUAUUUGUAUCUUCUCUUUUAUUAUUUUGGAGAGAAGUGGGUGUGAGAUUCCAAUGAAAAUGACUCAAGAAACUUAUUUUAUUUGAAUAUCAUUUGCUUCUUAACACACUCUGUGUCGGUGCUCAUAGAGUACAGGGUGAUGUUUUAUAUCCUUAAUCAUUCAAGUCAGGUAUUAAGUCGUGGCAUUGUAGAAUAGCAAAAAGAUUGUGGAGGAUGUAAACUGGAGAAGAUAAUGACUCAUUUGCAUAGCUUCUGUUUACAUCAUAUAUGGGGAAAAGAAUUAUUGCUUGCAUAUGUAGCUUAGUUAAAUUUUCCCACAAACAGUAUUUCAGAAGUCUAUCUCCAUGCAUUUAAUAGCUGAAAGUGUGACCUCUAGGUGGGCCAUUGAUUGUUAAUAUUGUACUUUAAAAUAGGUGAUUUAAUAGCCAAUUUUACAAGCAAUCCUUUAUUUUCUUGAAUUUUCCAAUUAUUUGAUAUCUAAAAAUAAAUGCUUUAUCUGUUUUUAUGUCACACAACUGGUGCAAAAGCAUAUGUUACGGGCACAUAGAAAGUUUAGCUGUUUAUUUUAUGAGACAUUGUCCUUCUUUACCAACUCAUGACAACACAGUUACUCUUUUCUUUUAUUCUUUUUUUUCUUUACCAUUUCUGUUUCAUUUACAUAAAGUAACAGUUCCCUGUGUUUCUGUUUUUGACACUUUGCCUUCAAGGUGGUAACUAUAGAAAGACUCACUUCCCAGGAUUUUCUUAGGGAAAAGAAAAAUCUGCCUCUCUCUCCUCUUCCUUACUUCCAGUUGGCAUGAAAUGCAGAAGGUGGUUUCAGCCGCCAGAUAGCUCCUUGCUACAUGUGUAUGUUUCAGGCUGUUUGGAUCAAAGGUAGUUUUAUAGUAUCAGCAACUGUCCACACAGUUCUAUGGACAUUGAUUUCAAAAAGCCAGUUUCUCGUUAUGCGUACGAGAGCCAUUUGUUUGGCUGCAGCAACUCAAAAGUAAACACAUUCGCCCCACGUUAGUCCAUACACUACUGAUUUUUAAAGUGAAUAAAUUAUUGGUUAGAAGACCUGCUUGCUAUGUCCUUGUUACCUCUUGAUAAAGCCACUACAGGGAGUGUUGAAGACCAGGGAGAGAGGGAGAAAAAGAAUUCUCAGUUAUCUCUUUUGCAGUAGUAACUGUAUUUUGGGUACUGCAUGUGAUGGUAUUUUCACAGCAUCUUAUGGGAAAACAUGUUAGGUCUUUAGAUGUUACAGCUAUAAGUGGGUUGUGCAUGGCCAGACCUCAUAUAGUUUUACUAAAGACACUUAAUAAACAGAGACUCAGAACUACAUUAUAACCUACAAGGACACAAGAUAUUGUGAGUUUCUGCUCCUGAUAUUGAUGGGUCUUGUUUCAAAGACUUCAGCAGUUAAUCUAUUCCUAUAAUUUCUCCAUCACUCUACUUACUCAAUAAUAUAAUAAAAUGUCAUCUUAAAGUAGAAAAGUACUUUGGGGAAAUAAAAGAAGCACAUUAUUUUCAGUGGCUGGAUGUUUAUAAUAGGAGAAAUUACAUUAAAUUACUUUGCGUUGUAAUUAUUUCAGAUACCAUGACUAGUAUCAGUAGCACUUUUCAUUACUCUGAAAACAAUAAAAAAUCCUGUAUCAUUAUACCUGUAUUUACCUAUAUUUACGUAGAUAUAUCACAGUGAUUGUUUCACAAACCACCAGCAUUUUCUUAUGAUUCUGAGCAACUGAACCAUCUUGAGAAACUUGUUAGCCAACCGUUUUUAUCUAAGUAUUUCAUUACGGCUGCUGUAAAAACUGCAACUAAAUUUUUAACUAGGUUCUUCUUGAUAUUAUCCAUGUUCAGAGAGCUUCACUCCUAAGAAUUUCCUAGAGCCAGUAGUGACAACAUCUGCUUCACUUCUAAAGCUUGUAUAUUUUGAACACAGACAUUGGCCCCGAAUUUUUUUUUUUUUUUUUCUGUCAAUGGGCUUCAGCACAAUGGUAAUGAAGGUCAGUAAUGUUUUCAUCAUGUGGGAAUUUUACAAGCAUAAGCAUCAGAUAUGUUUCCUACUGGUGCUGAACAGAAUAAAAAAUAUGUAGCUAUGUUUCACUAAUGUGCUGGUGGCUUGUGGCUUUAUAUUAAGCACGUUUUAGAGAAUGAAUGCACAGCAACUGGAUGGCUGGAGAACUUAAUUUGUCUUCCCUCUCUGGUAAGACUCGAACCCUGGAUUUCACAGAAUGGAGCUGUUAUUGUAGUGAGACUUACAUGGUAGUUAUGCACUGGGAAAGGAAGGUUUUAGUUAUUAAUUCAGAAUUCAGUCAGUCCCUGCAUGCCUCUUUCUAUUAGUAUAUCUGAUUUACUUUGUGAAAAUGUGAGUUUGUAAGUUUUGUCUAAGCAUUUAGUAUACUAACUUUUUCUGUCAAGGACUGGAAACAUUCAUAGAUGUGCUGGUAUGUUCAUAUUAGCAUAUUGGGCACUGAAGAUAAACAUAGUUAGGUUUCCUUUCAUUCUUCUGCAGACAUCAUUAACUGGUUCUGGUGGGAUCACUUUAGCCCAGGGGUCGUCGGGUCACACUUGGGGCCAUGUCGGCAACUGUCCUCUAACCUGUGCUCCGGUUAUAAUUUACAGACAUUCUAAGCCCUGUGUUGCUUCUAGACUGUGUUCCUUAUGACCUUGGGACAUUCUCCACAUUGCAGGAGCAUGAUAGUUUUGUUCUGGUGAGCUCAAUUCAGGACUAGAAACGCGCUGCUGAGACACAGUGGUUCCAGAUGCUCUCUGUGUUCUUCAGCUCUGGCAGAGUUCCUUACCCCGGUUUUGGGAGCCUAACCCAGGUGAAGGUGACGCUUUUCUCCAACUUCACCCUAUAUGUCACAUUACAUGAGGUGGUAGAUACCUAGAGGGCAAGGUGGCUUUGCUACAAAGAUGCUGAAGGAUGAGUUGUGAGUGAGCAGUAUGGAGGAAUCUGUGUCUGAAUUCCUUGGCACUGCUGUACCAACAUGUGGUGUGUGAGAUAAAGUGGGUUCUUCUACAGCUAAAUGGCUUCCCUCUGGGGAGAGCUCGGCUGUGGCAAACUCAUUGCUAGAUUGUGUUUGUGGGCUGUUUGUGUGAGUGGGAAGGCACAGUGAAACAAGUGUGCUUUCUGGUGGAAAUGUUUCUUGUUCAUCUUUUCAGUUGGAAUGCAUUUUGGUGCAGUAUGACAUCACCCCAAUUUGCAUUAUUGACUUAUAUUUGGGUUGUAUUUGUGGAGCUGCCCACUUGUUAUGCCUCUCACUGCUUCCAUUUUUAUAUGUCUGUCUUGAACAUGUUUUUACUUGAAAAUGCUUUAAAUGGACAUUUGGAUAGAUAUUUGACAGUUUACAUAUUAAAUGUCAUGUUUUGCUCCUUUUUCUGAUAAUAAAUACUGCUUCAAACCACA